AUGUCGCGCCCAGUCAUUGCUAUUGCAGGACUCGCCUGUGAAACCUCCACCUUCUCCCCAGCACGGACACUGGCCGCAGACUUUCAUCCUCGUCGGGGCACAGAAAUACUCGACAAGUAUCCUUUUCUUCAUGUCGGAACUCCACUUGCAGAGGCUGCAGAAUGGAAAGGUCUACUUAUCGGUCAUGCACUUCCUGGAGGGACCGUGGUACAAGCUGAUUUCGAAUCAUUAUGCAGCGAGAUUAUUGCACGCGUGACUGACUUGGUCGCCACGACACCCAUUGACGGACUGUGGUUUGAUAUUCAUGGAGCAAUGUGCGUUGAGGGCAUGGCCGAUGUUGAAGCAGAGCUUCUCCGCCGCAUUCGGGUUGUCAUUGGCCCUGAUGUUCUGGUAUCGACAUCGAUGGACCUACACGGAAAUGUGUCUCGCCAAUUAGCACAUCAAACCGACCUGAUUACAUGCUAUCGCAUGGCGCCUCAUGAAGAUGCUUGGGAAACAAAAAAGCGCGCUUGCCGAAACCUUGUUAAUGUACUGGGAUCCCGCACUGGCAGAUUGAAACGGCCAUUGAAAGCAUGGAUUCCAAUUCCAAUCCUCCUGCCUGGAGAGCAGACAUCAACUCGCAUCGAGCCCGCAAAAAGUCUCUACGCUCUUAUACCUGAAGUGGAAGCCCUGGAGGAUGUUUUAGAUGCCGCCAUAUGGGUUGGUUAUGCUUGGGCCGAUGAACCGCGCAACCACGCCGUGGUAGUCGUUACUGGAUGGGCUGAGGACGUCAUAAUUGCGCAAGCUAAGAGACUUGCCUCCUUCUUCUGGGAGUCACACAAAGAGUUUCAUUUUGUGGCGCCAAGCGGAUCUCUUCAGAGCUCUAUUGACAAGGCACUCUUGUCGUCAUCAAGGCCAUUCUUCAUUUCAGACUCAGGGGACAACCCCACCGCCGGUGGAGCAGGGGACGUGACUUAUGGCCUGAUCCAGUUGCUAGGCCGAGCCGAAUUUUGCCAGGAAGGCGGCCCAACUGCAAUAUAUGCAAGUAUUCCCGGGCCGGAGGCUUUGGCCAUCAUAGCGAAUGCCGGAGUUGGUGCGACGGUGACCGUCACCGCAGGUGCUUUGGUCGAUAAUAUUCACUCGGGGCCUGUUACCAUGACGGGAAAAGUUCAUUCGAUCAAAUAUGGCGAUAUCCAUGCCGAGGUCGAAGCUGUUCUGCAAGUUCAAAAUAUCUAUGUGAUCUUGACCAGACGUCGGAAGCCAUAUCAUCUCGAGAAGGACUUUCUCGAGCUUGAUUUGAGACCUCGAACAUCAGAUAUCGUCAUCGUGAAGAUCGGAUACCUCGAACCAGAAUUGUUCGACAUGGCAGCCGACUGGAUUCUUGCUCUCACUCCGGGUGGUGUCGAUCAGGAUCUACCGCGGCUUGGGCAUCAUCGCAUACGCCGGCCCAUGUGGCCAUUUGACCAAGACUUUUCCCACGACCCUGACCUCAGUGCACAGAUCAUCCCUUUUUCAAACCAGCCAUUGAACUAA